UCCUGUUUUGGAUUUGACGUCUCUCUUCCUCCCAAAUCUGACAGCUCAUAGAAACUGUGAUCCUGCUGUAUACAAUGGCGUCUAGAAAACCUUUGACAGUUGCACCAUUGCUGAUACUUGUGAUGAGUGUCUUCAGAGGACAUACCCUCACAUGUCCAACAGAGUAUCAGAUCGGGAAUCAAUGCUGUCAAAUGUGUCCAGCUGGUAGUCGAGUUGAAAAAGAUUGCACAGAGUUCAAACAGACUUCCUGUCUGCCUUGCACGGAGGGAACAUUUAUGACUCAUCCUACUCAUUUCAUGAGGUGUUUGUCCUGUUUACGCUGCUAUGCAGAUUUUGGUUUAAAGCUGAAGACAGCAUGUACGGCUACCUCAGAUACAGUUUGUGAACCACUGGAGGGAUUCUACUGUCUGUUCUUUAUAGAGGACGGCUGUAUGGAAGCACAGAAACACAGCAGCUGUCAACCAGGACAAUAUAUCAGCCUAAAAGGAACAGCAUUAAGCGACACUGAGUGCUCUAACUGCAGUGAUGGAACAUUUUCAGAUGGGACAUUAUUGACAUCGUGUCAGCCACACACACAAUGUCAAUCAUUGAAUCUUCAGCUGAUAAAACCAGGAACUGCUUCAACGGAUGCUGAAUGUGGAGAACGUAGUUCAGGAGCUGUGAUCGGCGCCGUGGUGCCUGUGAUAUGUUUAGUGGUGGCCGGAAUAUCUCUACUUGUCGUGUUGAUUCUCAGAAAGAAGGGACGAUGUAAAUACACAGAAAGAAAAAGAAGUGCAGACAAUCCCCAACAGUACUUCAAAAAGAAUAAACAUCGACAUGAAGAAGAAGAAGAGCUGCAGGGUGUGGCUGUGAUAAAUGAACACAGAGACAGUUCAUCGGACACUGCAGAGGAAAGAUCAGAACUCUUCACUUACUCAGUAAAACAGAAGUCUGCGUAGACCACUGCUUUCACACAAAAGUCGGGCAAUGACCACAUUUUCU